GUCAGAGCUGCAGCCUCGUACAUGACACGCAGAGAAUAGUGUGAUCCUGGAGCUCAGAGCCGUGCAUUGUUCUCCCCGUGCCGGGGCUUGAUCCACGGCAGCAGCUGCAGCCUGCCCCGGUGCUCGAUCUGAACUUGCACUGAGGCCAGUAAAUGCAUCGUUGCCGGCGGAAGAUGAUACAAAGCGUGGCCGGUGAACGGUGCAACAAGGAGGAAUAGACGCAAAACUACUUGGACAGUAAACAGACGAUCGGCGCCGUGAGGAGGAGGCACGGGAGCGUACACGGUCGAGAGGAGCGGGGGAUCAAUGGGAGCGAGCGCGUGUGUGCCAUAUGGAUCCGGCGGAUGUCUGCGGGAAUGGGCUGCUGAUGCGUGAUGGCAGGUCGGGGGACGCGAGCCGCCGGGUCUGUGGCUGAAACAGUGUGAUACCACAGAUGGACACCCUGUGUAAUGGAGCCAAGCAAUCCGAGGGCAGUGAUCCCAUUGUAGACACCAGGCCCCCUCCCGCCAAGCUGGCUCGGCUGGAACAAAACGGAGCGGGACCCUCGGCCCAGGAGAGGAGCCGGCAGGGGAGUCCUGAGGCCCAAAACCCCUGUCUGGCUCAGAACCCCACCGCAGGGAGGCCACAGGGAAAAAACUGGCACAGCAGAGGGAGUGUGCUGCCGGUGUUCUGCGUGGUGGAGCACAGAGAGAGCCAAGUGGACGGAGAGAGGAGAGAAGAACACUCCGAGUUUGUGUUGGUCAAGAGAGAUCUGCUGUUUAACCAGCUGAUAGAGAUGGCCCUGCUGACACUGGGCUACUCUCACAGCUCUGCCGCGCAGGCUAAAGGUCUGAUCCAGGUUGGCAGGUGGAACCCGGUGCCUCUGUCCUGUGUAACAGAUGCUCCGGACGCCACAGUGGCGGACAUGCUGCAGGACGUUCACCAUGUCAUCACCCUGAAAAUACAGCUGCACAGCUGCCCCAAACUGGAAGACUUGCCAGCCGAGCAGUGGAGUCACUCGACAGUGAGAAACGCUCUGAAGGAGCUCCUCAAGGACAUGAACCAGAGCUCCCUGGCUAAGGAGUGUCCACUGUCCCAGAGUAUGAUAUCAUCUAUUGUAAAUAGCACUUACUAUGCAAAUGUCUCAGCUGCCAAGUGUCACGAGUUUGGUCGAUGGUACAAGCACUUCAAGAAGACCAAAGGUUUCAAAGAGAUUGACAGCUUCUCUGAGCAGUCUGCACAUAUUACCCUCACCCAGCAGCCAAUCACAGGUCCCGAGCAGUGCCCGACCCUUCUUUUCCCUCGAGGAGGAGUAGCCGGCAUGUGUGCUCACCCGCCCCUCGGCCUACGCCCUCCUGCGCUGGGGACCCAACCUCUCAGCCCCCAAAUGGUUAACCAGCAGCUGGUGAUGGCCCAGUUCCUCAACCAGCAGUAUGCUGUUAGCCGCAUGCUGGCGAGCCAGGGCCUUUCGCCGUCCCCGCAACAGUAUCUCAACCACCCCCCCAUGGUGAGAGCCAAGGUAUUCGCCUCAGAGUCCCAAGCUCCACAGCAGGCGCAGUGCGGCCCGGGGGGAGGCUCUGCUGCCGGGCCUCCGAACCAGGCACCGGCUGGCUCCUCAGGGGGCCAGUGCGAUGUGCCGAUGGAGAUCUACCACUGUGUGAGGGAGGAGCUGAAGAGAGCAGGCAUCUCCCAAGCCAUCUUUGCCCGGGUGGCUUUUAACAGGACCCAGGGUCUGCUGUCAGAGAUCCUGCGUAAGGAGGAGGACCCCAAACACGCCUCCCAGUCUCUGGUGGUCAACCUGCGAGCCAUGUACAGCUUCCUGCUGCUCCCCGAGGCAGAGAGGGAGCGCGUCUACCAGGAGGAGAAAGAGAGGAGCCUGACCGGAUUCAUCCCCAGCUGCAACAACACGCCACCGAGAUCUACGCAGGCGAGGCUGUCCCCGGUUUCAGCCGACAGAGGGCUGAAGACCGAGAGCUGCGUUCUCAACGUCAGCUCCAACAUCUACGAGGAGAUCCAGCACGAGAUGAAGAGAGCCAAGGUGUCUCAGGCCCUGUUUGCAAAGGUGGCCGCCUCCAAGAGUCAGGGCUGGCUGUGUGAGCUGCUGCGCUGGAAGGAGGAUCCCAGUCCGGAGAACCGGACCCUAUGGGAGAACUUGUGUAUGAUCCGCAGAUUCCUCAGCCUGUCCCAGACCGAGAGAGACUUCAUCUACGAGCAGGAGAGCAGCAGCACAAUGGCACAGCAGCACUGCGCUGACAGGCUCGCGUUGCUCGGCAGUGACAAUACACUGUACCAGCACAACUCCCCUCUGCCACAGCAACACCAUUUUCAACCACAUCACCCCCUUCAGCCUGAGGCGGGACCUCACCUGUCUCCACGGCAACCGUGCACAGCAUCGCCAGCCGAGUCUGAGGUUGGGGUCAACUGGGGGCACCUGAGAGUGCGUUUGCAGAGCAGAGGCAGCAGCAAUGGCGAGAGAGGGGACAUGAAGGACUGGGCUGAGGGAGGACAAGGAGAGAGGGGCAGUUUGGGAGGAGACUGGGGUGGUUCUGGGAGGUCGAGGGAUACGGAAGAGAAGGAGCAGGCAAUGGAUGGAAGUGCGGGUGAGGAAGGCACGAAUGAGAUCACAAGAGACAGCCAAGAGGGCAAGGCAAAGGACAAGCUGUCUGUGAAGUGGCCCGAUGUGAAGAAUGAGAGCCAAGGUAGGGCUGGGGUUUGUUCAGAGGCAGAUAAUAAUGAGGUCGAAGGUGGAGAUGAGGUUCAAGGAGAGGGGCUAAAACUUUCCUGCGAAGCCCUGGGGAUCCUGCAGAGCUUCAUCCAGGACGUGGGCCUCAACCCAGACGAGGAGGCGGUCCACACCCUGUCGGCUCAGCUGGGUCUGCCCAGACACAUCAUACGCGGCUUCUUCAACAGCCAGGACCAAGGACGGGGUCUCCAACACGAUUGCUGUCAGCACCAGAGACUGAGCCCAAAACACAGUCGAGACGACCCGCACGGCUGCACAGACACAAACCUCCUCCUGCUGGACAAUUCUACAGAGGAGCAGGGCGGGGAAAGUGAUGGAAAGACUAAAACAGAACACAAGGAGGAUGAGAAGCAAAGGGGGGGAAAUGAAUCGAGCGAUGAAUGUGCUUUGAAAGAACUGGAUGCUGGCACUCAAACCAUUCCCCCUCUGAAGGAAGAGUGGGAGAGCUCCAUCUAACCCAAAUACAUCCAUAAGCUUGGAUGAGCCAUAGCUUCUCUGUGAGCCUGGACAUGCUUACAACACAUCAUUGGUCCACUUACAACUCAGCCACUGUUCUAUACUGUACAAAUACUGACUCACAGUGUUUUGGUGUUAGGGUGUUAUUUAGGCAUUUGUCCUAAAAGACUGAGGAAAGGCAUAAAGUGGAAUAACUGUACCAGAGACCUACAUUACCCCAACCCUAUUAUUUACCCAAAAUGCACUUGAGACAGAAAGUAACUGUGACUAUACUGUAUAUACAGAUAAUGUUACUAAACAACUCCUGAGUGUAGACACAUGUGUCUGGACUAAUAAUAACCAAUACAAUGGGCCUCAGAUAACAUAUCAGUUAUCUGAUAUGUUAUAAUUCGCAACUCGUUGACUGAUGUACAUUUAGAUAUGUUCAUACCAGAAAUGCCUUGUCAGAUGUGGCACUGCCAGUUUGCUUUUCUAUGAUCAAUAUCACUCGAUUCCUGCUUGUUUUAUUCGUUGAUUGGUAUUCUGUGUCUUGAAUCCGAAUUUGUCCGUUUUAAAGUUCAAGGGAAUUUAAUCAGGAAUCGCGCCGCUAUUUCCACCCUUGAUCUCGUCCAUGUUGGUCAUCACACUGUUCACGCAGAUGCACUGCACAUACCUCUGCUGCUGUCUGGUUGUGUUUGUGUACCUAACCGGAUGAAAACAGCACCUCCUUUGCGACAGUAAAAAUCAGGUUUAGAGAAAUUAGAGAAGAAGAAUCACAUAUAACACAGGACAUCUUAUGCUUGAUGAAUAAAUAAAUAAAGCAGUGAUUGAGUUAUCUGUUAUAUAAAUCAUCAUGAUUUACAUAAAGUAUUUUUUAAUGGGUGCAUGAAUUUGCAAGUCUCAAAAUAUAGCUGUAAGUGUUACAUUUGCAAAUCUUGUGUUCUUUGUGCUAUUUAUCAUACAAAGCAAACGCAGACAAUUCAAAGGCAAAGAACAGUGUUUACUCUUGCUCUCAGUUGUUCUCAAAGUUCGCACACGCUGUGCUGUAUGGACGUGAGCGACUGAGCGCUCAAAGACUGUGGACUACAAAUGUAGGACUGAGGUCAUGCUGUGUGUACAUAAAAGAUUAAAAACUAAAUGUCGGCAUUUUUUAUUUGCAAAAUAUAAGACAUUACGACUUUGUCCUAAUUGUAUGUUUGUGUUACUUUAAUCUGUUCUGUCGAUCUGAUCUUCCAGUGGGAACAAACACUCACAUGGUCUGCGAAACAGUGGGACAUAAUAAAGACUUAUGUGUUUUGAGAGAAAGCCUCCACAGAUAA